AUUAGAUGUAGGUGAUAUUCUGUAGAAAAAUAAACAUGGAUGUACAAAAGCAAUUCAAGAUGAUUCUGUAUUGGCUUAUGUUGCUACCUCCUUUUCUUCUUAUCAUUAUUCUUCUUUUCUGUAGAGUUUUUCCAUGCUCUUCACCUUUUGCUCUUAAAACCUUCAAACAAAGCCCAAAUAAAUCAAUAGGAAAAGAUGAGCAGCAUAUCCACCAAAGCAACAGCUUCAACCUUCUGUAUUCUUGUUGCCUCUCUGAUUCUCAACACUGUAGUACCACUAUCACAUAGUACCAACAAAGAAACACUAGAUUUCUUUACUGUUGGCAGAGAUAGAAGCCAAAGCAAAGGCUGCAACAAUGAAUUUCACGGUAUAUCCAGCUCAUUCCAUUGUCAGAAACCAACAGCCUCUCAAGCACAACCGCCUUUACCAAAAAAAAAUGGAACUUUGGUAUUUGCAGACCAAAGGCUUGCUGUGGUCUAUCCUAUAAUCCAAAGAUUCAAGUCCAUAAUCACCUCAGAUCCUCUAGGCGUUACUAAAUCCUGGGUAGGCUCAGAUAUAUGCAACUACAAAGGUUUCUUUUGUGACAAACCCCCAGAUAACCAAUCUGCAAUAGCUGUAGCUUCUAUAGACUUCAAUGGCUUUCAACUUAGCGCUCCUACUCUUGAUGGCUUUCUUGAUCAGCUUCCUGACAUAGCUCUCUUCCAUGCUAAUUCCAACUUCUUUUCAGGCACUUUAUCUUCAAACAUCUCCAAGCUCCCUUAUCUCUACGAGCUUGACAUAAGCAACAACCAAUUCUCUGGUCCAUUUCCUAGUGCUGUUCUAGGCAUGAACGGCUUAACAUUCUUGGACAUUCGGUUCAAUUUCUUUACCGGGUCAGUCCCACCUCAAAUAUUCACACAAAACCUUGACGUCCUUUUUAUCAACAACAACAAUUUCAUGCAGGCACUUCCUGAUAAUCUAGGCAGCUCCCAUGUUCUUGUACUCACUCUAGCCAACAACAAUUUCACUGGUCCUAUCCCAAAAGGCAUUGCCAAAGCUUUGGGCUCUCUAACUGAGGUCCUUUUGUCAAACAACGAGCUCACAGGUUGUUUGCCUUAUGAGAUAGGGAUUUUAAAAGAGGCCACACUAUUUGAUGCUAGCAACAACGAAUUGACUGGUCCUUUACCAUCCUCUUUGGCUUGCAUUGAGAAGUUGGAGCAGUUGAAUUUUGCUGGGAACUUCUUGUAUGGUAUGGUGCCUGAAGUGGUGUGUACGCUAGAGAAUUUGGAAAGUUUGUCAUUGUCCAAUAAUUAUUUUAUAGUUGUUGGGCCACUAUGUAGGAGUUUAAUUGAGAGAGGAGUGCUUGAUAUUAGUAACAACUGCAUUCCUGAUCUUCCAUUUCAAAAAUCAGUACGUGAAUGUGCGAAUUUCUUCACGAACCCAAGGAAGUGUCCCAACACGUGGACUUAUACUUACCUUCCCUGUAAGUUUCCUCCCUCUGGCUCUCCAAUUCCUUCAAUUGCUCCUUCACCUUGAGUACUCCUUGAGC